UUUUUUGGGAAAAUCCUUUCUCUCUAGGCGCAUUUUAGCGGAGUCAGAUUCGAAGCACGUGACUGACUCUAACGUGAGCCGAUGUUUAGCGUUACACGAUCACGGCACCACGCUAGCAAGUCUCUUAUCCCUAAAAAUUUCACUGUCCACAAACGCUUCUUCUCAAAAUCUCUGCUCUCUACUUCGGACAUGGCUUUAGGAUCAUCUUCAUUCACUUCAUCUCGGCUAACCUCUCUUACGUUCCCUUCAGAAAAGGCCUUUAAAAUCUCGAAAAAUCCGCUUCCUUUGAGCUCGGCGUCGGUUAAAUUGUUUUGCGUUCAGGCCUCUGUCACCAACUCCACCCCGAAAGCCCGUUUCGUUGGGCGUCGAAAGGAGUCCGUUUCGGUUCGGCAGUUGAAACGCCCUCUAAUUGAGUAUAUGAGCUUACCGGCGAGCCAAUACUCGGUGCUGGACGCAGAGAGGAUAGAGAGGAUUGAUGAUAAUACAUUCAGGUGUUAUGUAUAUAGGUUUAAGUUUUUCAAUUUUGAGGUCUGCCCUGUUUUGCUUGUUAGAGUUGAAGAACAGCCUAAUGGGUGCUGUAUUAAGCUCUUGUCUUGUAAGCUGGAGGGCUCACCGAUUGUGGUUGCACAGAAUGAUAAAUUUGAUGCUUCUAUGAUGAAUAAAAUAUCUUGUGAUACCAAUCGAAGUAACUCAUUUGUUCAAGAACUUACAUCAGAUGCAGUUAUUGAGGUAAACAUCGAGGUUCCUUUUGCGUUUAGACCAAUUCCAUUGGGAUUGAUUGAAUCAACUGGGACCCAAGUCCUUGAGCAAAUACUUAGGCUAAUGCUGCCCCGCUUUAUGGCACAGGAAUUAUGGGUGAAAAGUGAGGAAGAUGGAAAUCACAAAUUUAGUUGCAAUGUAAUUGGCCUACAUGAAGUGGAAUGUGGAUACACAAAUUUACUCUGUGGGCAGAUUGACAUUUUGGGCAGUUUGAGUUUUUUCUCAGCUUGUGAAAGACUAUCAAGCGUGGGCUUCUGGUGAUACCUCAAGGCAAGCUCUUGGAACCGGUGAGAUUUGAAAUCAAGAGAGCAAGAUUUCUUUGAAUUCUCUUUGAAAUUUUCAACUUCUUCAAUCUUGCCAGCGUAUGUACUGUAAAAUAGGCAGGUUAGUAUUUUCUCUGCUCCAGGUGCACCAAUUUAUGUGGAUUGUGUUCAUUAGGGAGGGCAAAAUCAUUUAAGAAAAUUCUUUAUAUUCAUUCAUGUCAUUCAGACUCUUAACUCCAAUUUAUAGGUUCAGUUUCACUACAGUCUAUUCCUCUUAUGAUUGAAAUUCUAAGGGGUGCCAAGUUUUUUGUAUUUUUGAAGAACUUUCUUUCCAAGAACUUUUUUAUGAUUGAAUUUGAGAUUUAGUUUAAUUAAUUCAUGCAAUUAUCCUUAAAAGAUGUCAUUUAACGGUUUUAAAAUUCAAAUCUCAUCAUUUACAAUUUCUUUUUUCUAUUUUCAAACUAUGGCCUCCUUUAUAAAAAAAAACUUUCUUUAUCUUGUCUUUUGAUUUCUAAGUUGGAUUAAAUAAUGAGAGAUGUUCUUUUAUCCCUUUAUUUCUCUCAUUUGUGCACUUAAAACAAGUAGUUUUUUAGUAAAAGAAGCAGUGUUGAGUCCCAGCCGAUUGAACCGGUGGUCCAUCCAGUUCUGAAAAAUGAAAAAACUGUUCGGAUAUCAAUUAUCAAACCUGUCAACUUACCGGUCCGAUUGGAUUGAUCCGGUUAUUAAAUUGGAUUUUGACAUUUUGAAUCAGGUUUGAUUAUUUUAAAUUAUUAUUUUAUUAAAAUUUUUUUUUUAAGUGAUAAGAUCUCAUAGCCUUAAUCACUUAGUCUAAGUAAUUUUUUCUUUAAUGUGUUUCAAAAUUUAAUAUGUAUUUAAUACUAAAUUUAAAGUCUUCAACUAAUAAAUUUGUGAUUUGGGAUUGAUACAAAAUCAGACCUUUGAUCGGUUCAACAACAGGUCGGGUUAUUAGGUUUCAUAUUCAACAUUGAUAAAUUUCUUCAAGCGAUCCAUCAAUUAAAGGAUAGAGGAAAUGAAUUGAAUAUGUAUGAAUAUGAUUAUGUUCAGGAUCUGUUUGUUUAAUUAAUAAAAUAUAAAAUAUUAUUUAUAAUUAUUUAUUAAAUUUAAUAAACAAAUAGAAAUCUAUGUAAAGUUCUGUAUGUUAGUUGAGUCUCCGGUUCUCCAAUGGAUUAACCUGCAAUAAUACCUAUAGCUUCUUUCAGUUCAACUAGGUCACCAUGAGUGGCAUUUCGACCGUAACAUUGACAAAUCCAAAGUAUACUC